UUCGACCCGAAUUCAAAGCCCAUCUUGAACUCACAUCACCACUCAAUCGCUGCAACACUGACAACGUCCUACCGUACCGGGCACACACCUAGCUUCUCGCGAGAAUCUCGGUUAGAACCUGAAGAUAAAGAAUAUUGUCCGCUAUCCCAGCGCCUAGCUUUUUCUACCACCAUUUCCAGAGUUAUGAAACGACCCUUAUCCCCGUCGCCGGCCAGCGAUCUGGCAGAGCAGCCGGUCAAAAAGACUGUUCGGACCCAUGAGGAGAACAGGGAGCGCGCGUACAUCGCCGCCUCGCGCAGGGCCGACAGGCCCCUUGGACAACGCAUGGAGUCUGCGAGGAAAGCGUCCGACUGCCACAAGCUUCGAACCGGCAAGGGGCUCAAGGUCACGGCCCAAGCAGUUAUGGGCGACGAGCAGUACGAGAGCGAGGAGGAGGAGCAGAAGCCCCGUCGUUCCAGCUGUCCCGUAGGAAUCCCCUCCAAACCCCCCAUCGACAACUACGACGCGGUCGAUGCCCUCUUCGCCAGGGCCUUCCCCGGCAUCCAGCUCAACGCGGACCGCGUCGCCGCCCAAGAGGGGCAGCAACACCAGCAACCGUCCCGACCCCACCCCCACAGCCACCGGCGCAACUACUCCGACCCCUUCUCGCCAGCCGUGGGCGGCGGCUACGCUCCGCAUUUCCAGCAGCACGCGCCCGUACUCGCGCCCAUGCUCGGGCCGGCCCAAGUCCACGCCCACACCCCAGCCCAUCCCCCCUCUCCCAUCUCGUCCAUCGCGUCCGCCUCGCCCGCCGGGUCGGUCCCGUACCCCCCGCCCCCGUCCGCCCACGGCGCAGACGGCUUCCACACCGGCCUGCGCACCCCGCACUCCAUGUCCCCGCCGGAGGUGCGUGGCCAGAGCCCGCACAUGGCGGCCGGUAUGGUGGCGGCGGCGGCGGCGGCGUACGGCGGGAAUGGCUCCGAGGGGCAGGAGCUGUAUUUCUCGUAUAAUGUUAAUCAUAAUGGCGCCAAUCUCAAUGGCGGCAACUUCGAUGGCGGGCAUCUCGAUGACGAGGAUGUGCUCGAGCGCGACCUGCGCGAGCUCCGCGGGCUGUGCAAUAUCGGCAACGGUGGCGGCGUCGACGAACUCUGUCGCUUCCUCAACCAGUCGCUGCCGUCGACCCUGGAGGAGUUCCGGUUCCCGGCCUUCGAGCCCGCGCAGGCACCCGCGUACACACCCGCGCAGCACCCCUCCGACGGCCUGUCGUUGAUCGAUCCGGAUAUCUUUCGGUAUGGACUGGAGUUGGUAUGGGUUGGGGUCGGUAUGGUUUAUGAAAAUGGCGUCGAACGGGUAACUGUUUAAUUAGUAGUCAUAGGAGUAAUGAAUAAUGGAAUUAAAUCGACAUCACUAGUCCUGUGAAGUGUCAUGUUGGGAUGUGGUUCGAACACGAGGGUCGGUUGAGGACGUUCUGGAAUCUUUGUUGUGAGAAUACCGGUCGGGUGUAAGUCGGGAUAAUAGCAACAGAAGGACAUGCUUCUGUUGGGGGCUAAAACAGACACUUUCAUCAACGCAAGAAGACGAGUUUCAUCAAGGCAUGAGAAAGGGGUUUUAUUA